UUCCGACCCUCUUCCGGUUCCGUUGUUUUGAAGGCGCUAGCAUGCUGUUCAGGUGUAAGAAUGGGGAAAGAAGCGACUUUCAGAUGUGUUGAAUGCAACGAGAAGGCAUCGGAGCUUCACAGAGAUUACAGCAACGGGAUUCUGAAGAUAGCAAUAUGUGAGUCGUGUCAAAAACCAGUGGACAAAUACAUUGAGUACGAUCCAGUAAUUAUCCUCAUUGAUGCCAUUUUGUGCAAGGCACAAGCUUUCAGACACAUUUUAUUCAACACAAGCUUAAAUAUCCACUGGAAGCUGUGUGUAUUCUGCCUGUUGUGUGAAGCCUACCUCCGGUGGUCUGCGCUUCACGGCUCGGAGCAGAGCAGCGACCCGGCCGACAUAAUCCGUUACACCAAGGAAUGGGAGUUUUAUGGCAAGUUCGGAUUGGCCGCCCUUGAACUGACGGCGUUCUGCGGCGGCGCGCUGUUGUUCCUCUCGUUGUGGCGGUCCUGUCUGCAGGGAGGGCGUGUGGAGUUCAACCUGCUCCUCAGAGGCCUGCUGCUGUCCUGCUACGGCAAAGUCCUCCUGGUCCCAGCCGUCAUCUGGGAGCACGACUACUCCCCGCUCUGCCUGGGCCUCAUCAAAGUCUUCGUGCUCACCUCCAACUCGCAGGCCGUCAGAGUGAUCUUGAACUGCAGCAGGCGUCUGUCUCUGGUGGCUGUUUGCUUUGGCCUGCUGUCAGAAACUCUCACCGCUCAGGCCUGCAGGAAACUCCCAUGGAGCAUCCAGGACUUCCAGGACAUGUGGACAUCAUAAUCAUUGUCUUUGCCAUCUUCAGACUGAAAUGCCUGCUAACUCAGGGUGGAUUACCCUCUGUUGGUACCAGACCUGUGAAUAUGGGCUGGGAUUAGAUUUGUAAAUGUUCUCUAGGCAUUGUGCUUUCUUGUUUUUGGACUUUCAACAGUGGAAGAAAAAAACAAGGACUCUCUUUUUUGCUGCUCUUCGUUUAGGCGUAUUGAAGGAUGGUUUUACCCGGAGCAGCAGGCUAAGAAGUGAGCAUCUACGGGGGGAGUUUUGGGGAUUUUUCAGAGUAAAGAGAAACACUCUGUCACGCUGUUCUCCAGGUUACUGUUUAACGCGCUCCAGUUCCCGAGCUACUCUGACGCAGACAGACCCCGAGGUUGUAAUUUAACAAUAACGUCUUCUCUGUCUGGACUGGAAACAGACGGCUCUCUGCACAUUCUUUGGGAUAAGUGGUGUGCUGCCUACCUAACUGACUCACACAACGGUUAAUCAGAAAAUAAAGUUCACCUUCAUCUAUUGUUGCUUUUUUAAGUGUGUUUUUAAAAGUUUUUAGCUUCUCGUGAACUCAUUUUCUGUCUAGUACUUGUACGUAAAGCAAAGCUGAAAAAUGAUUUAUACCCAAGAAGUUGUGUUUCUAAUAGGAAAUGAGACACGCAUUUCUCAGAAGAGAAAACAAUAAUUUUUUUUAUAAGUUGUUUAUUUAUGUGGCCCUUUAUUGUAAAGCCAACAAGUGCUUUACAAUUAAAGAGAAGAAAAGAAAAAACAUACGGAGUUAAAGCAAAUCAGAACCAUAAUAACAGGCAAUAAAUAUCUACAUAUA